GCCGAAUGGCGACAGCCGUGUGGCUGUGGGUACAACAACUCCUAAUGACUAUUGAGUCAACAGUCUUAUUCUGGUUUUACAAAUGAGACUUGCUGCUUCUAGAUUCUGAUGUUCAAUGCAAAAUCUCACCAUGUUCCCAUCUGAAGAUUCACUUUCUGUCUUAUCGGCUUCUUCAAUUCUCGCCCACCCCACUGCCUCUGAACGUUCCAGAAUCUGGAAGGCUACAUACCCCCACUGGGGUGAUGCCCUCGCAUUUGACGACUAUAUCACCCGUGAAGUCAACAAUCUAAAGUUUUGUCAGGAGAGAAACAACAACUUCACCAACUGGAUCCUUACCGACAGCAGUGCUCCCGAUCAGCGGCCUCUCUUCUCCUCAUGUGAAACUUUCACGAGGCGAGCCUUCAUUUGCGGCAGGGAGGGUGACUUAAGAGAGGUGACAUGCUGUGCUGUCGCGAGUGUGUUUACCUUUACUGAGUAUCAAGGUCGAGGAUACGCCAAGAAGCUGAUGACAUUACUCGCUCAGGAGAUACGAGGUUUCGCAGAUUUCUCCGUCCUAUGGUCUGAUAUCGGGCCUAAAUUCUACGACUCUGUAGGCUGGAAGCCGUUCAAGAGCGCUUUUCUCCAACUCCCAGCAAUCAGUAGUGAUGCUUCACUUGAGAAUGGGCUAAAGCCUAUUGAAAUCGGCGAUCUCCCACCUCUAGUAAAGCUGGACCAGAAGAUCCUGCUUGAGCGAUUAGCAGUUCCAUCCCCGAAAGUUCGAGUCCUCAUCCUGCCGGACCUCAGCACAAUCGCAUGGCAUCUUUUCCAUGAGGCUUUCAUUUGGCAACAUGUGUUCUCUCGCACCCCUUCAAUCCAUGGCGCUGUCUAUACAUCCCCAAAAGACCCCGGUGAUAAGGUCUGGGCCAUCUGGACGCGAAAGAUCUACGGGCUGAAGCGCGAAGAUAACGUGACUCACGUCAUCCGUCUUGGGAUGGGGAAUGGGAGCAUUUCAAACGAUACCUUCAAAGUUGCAAUCACCGCUCUGUGUCUCAUGGCACAGAGGGAGGCAAAUGACUGGAAUUGUGGCACCGUGGAAAUCUGGAACCCCGACGAUCGAGUCCGACAAGUUGUAGAAGAGAUUCAAGAGCUAGGAGCUAAGUUCGUUACUCGAGAGCAUAAUCAACUCAGCUCCAUGCAGUGGUUUGGGGAAAGCUGCAUCGACGAAGUCGACUGGAUGUGCAAUGAAGGAUUUGCUUGGUGCUGAGGCGCUUGGUGCUUGACUGCGGAUACUCCAUCACCAUCGUCUGGGGAAUACACUCCGUGAAUGAGAUGUGUCUUACGUGCUUUUUUAUCCCCACUCCACAUCUUUCC